AUGACUUUGAAAAAUAAAGAAAUUCCACCUCCUCGCGCACCUUGGCGUGACCUGUUUGACAAGCAAAGGGGCAAAGCCCCGGUUGAAUUCUGUCUGGCCACUGUCCACCACGAUCCCUUCACCGGCAGGGCCUAUCCCCGGGCGCGAACAUGUAUCUUUCGCAAUUUUUGGUCCGAGAUUGAGCUACAUCCUGCUGCCCUCCGCGAGAUGGACAGAAGCUAUGUCCCGGUUGAGCCUCCUGCUCCAAAAGAACAUCGGGUUAAGGAUGGUUGGGGUCUUUAUCCAGAUGAAGAAGAGGCUGGUGAUGCUGCUGCAUUUGAAAAGGACGAUGACGAUUCUCAAACUCAAUACAACUUCAUUUGUGGAAAUGAUGAAUGUGGGGAGUAUGACGACUACGAUGGCAUCGAUGCCCGCUUCGAUGAUACGUAUUAUGCGCAGGAGUACGAAGAGGAUAGCGACGAUAGCUUUGCCGACCUUUAUGGCAAUAAUGAUGAUAAAGCCACAAACGAAGCGUCAUUCGAAAGUGAUAUGUUCACUUUCACCACCGAUGUGAGGAUGCCCAAAGUUGGUGACCUGAUAGAUCCCGACGGCGGUCCUGGAGGGUAUGUUGAGGCAGUCUUUUGGCUUAGAGAUGUUUGCGUCCAAUGGAGGGUGAAGGGCAGGGCGUUUGUCGUUGGCGGGGAUCCCGAGGAUGAGGCUGAGGUGCAAGCACGGGAAGAAAUUGAAAAGGCAAUGCGUGCCUGCCCAGGUUACUCAAAGAAAACACUGCGGAAGUGGAGCUGGGAGAAAGAGAUUACCGCUCAGUUUGCGAAUUUGAAACCUUUGAUGAGAGCCCAGCUACGGCCUUAUCUCAUCCCAAGCUUUGUUCUUAGCUCAGAUUGUUCGCAUUGUUCGCGGAAGCCUGUGGAAACAGGUGAAAAAGAAUUGUUUACUGACUUUACCAUCAAGGGACAUUCAAAAACCAGCCACCAGGAACCCCGAUACCUGAUGGUAUACGAGACCCCAUUGCUUUUCAAGUUUGGAAAGAACAGGACGUAUGGCCGUGAAUCUAAUUUCAAGGAGUGGAAUGGAGCUCCUGCAAAUAUGUUCAGCUGCUAG